AUGGCGCCUCCAAAGUCCAACUUCCUGCAGAAGGUCCGCAAGCAACAGAAGGAGAGAAGAAAUCUCGCUGGCGUCCGCCCAGAAUCCGCGUUUGCUGCGCUCACGGCGAAGAACAGAGAAGUGGCGCGGAGAGGGAACGCGGCGGGUGGAAUGGCCCCUCUUCCAGUGACAGCUGACAAUAACAUGGCUCCGGUGAUUCCCAACCUUGCCAUUCCGACGAGAGCAUUCAAUGUGCUAACGUGCCAACACCCCAACCGCAUCGUGACGGAGACGGAGAACGAAGACGAAGGUGAUGGCACCGCUCCGCCCACCUACCAAGAUAACACCGUCUCGGUCGAUAGUGUGGUCGACCGUGUCCCUCCCAGCGCCCCCAGCAUCAUCACUUCGACUGUCGCCCGCGAAGGACACCCUGCUGGAAUCCGCUACGAUAGCGCACAGCCGGCCUCCCCCCAGCCCAUCACACACCCGGCCGCCAAAGGCCCUGUCGAACCGACCACCCGGCUCGUCAUUGCUCGAGUUCCAGUCGUCGUUUUGCUGAGGUUCAAGAAUCUCCUGACCGAUGAGAUUGUCAAGCACGGUGUUCAUUUCAAGCUGUUGGAGGUCCAGAUCGAGCCGGGACUCGAGACCAAGCGCCAGGUCGAUGCGCGCUUCGACAGUGUUGAAGAUGCAGCUACGGUGAAGGCUGCGCUUGAUGGAGAGAUGGUCGACUUCAUCAAGUUGGCAACCGAGUUUGUGGAGGGCGACGCCAAAGACGAUUGCGUGGACGAUUGA